CUACCUGGUAUAUCUGACUGAUUUGGUUUACCAGCUUGAAGUGUUACAGUAAUGCAAUGAUUAAUCCGUAGGAAGAGCAACACGAACACAUGCUGAAAUGUUGCAAUCUUCUCUGACGUACUGACGCGUAAACGUCGGUUUGGGGGACAAAAAAUAAAAGGAUUUCCGGUCACAUCACAUCACAUCACAUUAGUCCAGUGCUAAAGCACUGAGUGACUGAGGAUAAUACAGGAAGAGACGGGUCUUUUUACACCACAAGGAAGACAUGAAAAGUGAAUAUCAACAGAUAGAUGCUCAUGCGCUCGCGACACCGGCACCUGGACACACAGCAGCUCCUUCGAGUCCUUGCCUAGAACAGAAGCCCACGCGCAUCAAGAGGAAAUGGGAAGUGUUUCCGGGAAAGAAUCGAUUUUACUGUGAUGGUCGGAUAAUGGUGGCACGUCAAAGCGGUGUUCUUCCUCUCACCAUGGGGCUCAUCCUCAUCACCAGUGGCUUAUUCUUCGUUUUUGAUUGUCCCUUCCUGGUCAAACACUUGACAGGCUGCAUCCCAGUGAUUGGUGGAGUCCUUUUUGUCUUUGUAGUCAUCUCUCUUCUUCAGACCAGCUUCUCAGACCCUGGCAUUCUACCGAGGGCGACACCUGAGGAAGCAGCGGACAUCGAGAAACAGAUUGAUAACCCCAACGGUUGUACCUCAUCCUAUCGGCCCCCUCCUCGCACCAAGGAGGUCGUUAUUAACCAGCGGGUCGUUAAGCUAAAGUACUGCUUCACCUGCAAGAUCUUCCGGCCGCCGCGCACCUCCCACUGCAGCUUAUGUGACAACUGUGUGGAGCGGUUUGAUCACCAUUGCCCCUGGGUAGGAAACUGUGUGGGAAAGCGCAACUAUCGCUUCUUCUACAUGUUCAUCGUCUCGCUGUCCUUUCACACCGCCUUCAUCUUCGGCUGUGUGACCACGCACCUGGCUCUGAGGUCACAAGAUGGAAGAGGAUUGGUGUUUGCUCUCCAGGCGAGUCCUGCCAGUGCUUUAGAGCUGGUGGUUUGCUUCUUCUCGGUUUGGUCUAUUUUAGGCCUCUCGGGAUUCCACACUUACCUGGUUGCUGCUAAUCUCACCACAAACGAGGAUAUAAAAGGUUCCUGGUCAGGGAAGAAUGGGAAUGAGGAAAGUGGGAAUCCUUAUAGUUCUAACAACAUUUUGAAAAACUGCUGCUCAGUGCUGUGUGGGCCGAUGCCUCCCAGUUUGAUAGAUAGAAGAGGCUUAGUGCCGCAGGAGGACGUUGCCCACGCUGGUCCCACAGAGCUCGGGUUUCCUUCUACAAAGAACGAUAUCAACAUGGUAGGACGUGUGUCUGUAUGAGGUCAUGCUCUUCACCCAUUUCUUCUUCCCUAACCUCUCGGUAAUCUCCCCUUCACAUUCAGAGCCACUCUACAGCCUGACCGAUCACAUGCCUGCCCCAAACCAAGCAUCUAUACCUUCCCUGGAUCAAUCAUAGGACUUGACUUUUUGUUCCGUAUUUUGCCUUUUCAGCAUGUGAAACGCUGCUCCUAUUAAUUAUCAAUACCAAACUCUAUACCACCGCUCAGAGGCAGGACACAAGGUUCAUAUUGGUUGAGUCCUUUAUAAUUUGAGGAACUUCCGCCUCGAGCUGCUAGCUUGACUCGACGACACGUCGUCACGUACUUCAGGACUCUGAAAUGCAUUUUCUUAACGGAAAGAGGAAACGAAACCUGUCACCGUUCGCAAAUUUAUUUCAUAUCUGGGGGGGGGGGGAUGAACUCGUGACCCGACUGCUUAUCAUAGGUUGGGUUGCGUUGCGUUGAUUACUGUAAAGAGAGUACUGUAGGUGUGGUACAGCUGGUACCGUAUCUGAUAUAAUGGUAUUGCACAAAGCUGAGGGGAAAAAAUAGAGCUACUUUUUAUAUCAGAACAUGUUUACAUCUUAGCUCAGGGUUUUUUUGGUGCAGUCUGUAGAUUGUUUCACUAGAGGCUGCUCUUUUUCUAGGGGUUUGUCAGUCACUGUCAAUAUAAAGAUAUAAAGUGCAGUAUUAUUUGGCACAUCACCUCACAAAAGUCUUAUUGUUUACAGUUAGCAAACAUUAAGUCAAUAAUCUCGUAACUGUUCGUUUUGUUUGUUUUUCUUUCCCAAACUCGUCCUGUUUUUUUUUUUUUCUUCAACCUCAGAAUUAGUGCACUAUUGAAAUACUGUACACUUGUUAACAAUUCAGGCUGUCUACUUGACUGUACAUAUAGUUACUUCUUAUUAUUAUCAGGGGACAGCAUGCUAAUAGGAAUCAGAAUACAGAAGGCUUCCUGUUUAAAACUUGAUCUAGAUAUGAGCGUACGAGUGGAGCGUAAGAGAUACGCUUCACUGUUGAUGUCUUUGGAACCCGCCUUAGAUGCCUUAUGUACUAUGAUUGUGCUAGAAAGAGAACCUCUGCUUAUAAUUAGCUCAUUGCCUCUAUUCUAGAUUCAGUACUAUUUUUUUAUUUUUAUUUUUUGGAGACUUGCUUCGAAACAAAGCGUUUGUAAAAUAUUUUGUAUGUCUUUCUAUUUAUCUAAUGGUUCAUGCUAUUUGUUUGUGUCUAUUUUUUUAAUCUAUAUUUUACAAUUGUUAAAUAAACUCUAAUUGAAAAACA